AUGAACGCUCUUUAUAAUGGCCCUCAGCCAACCGUCCACUCGUUCAGUCCCCCGCCCUCGACCAUGUUCCCUCCGCACCACCACCAUGUCCCCCACCAGAUGCACCUUUUCCCCCACAAUCCGUACUCCCCGUCCCCGCCCCCGCCCCCCAUCGCGCACAAAGUAUGGAUCCUCGACUGCAAGUCCUGCGGCUCGUUUCUAACUAACAGAGGGAUGAAGGCGGUACUUCUGCUGAGGCCGAAUGUGUCCCUGUACUCGUCGGAUGCCUUGCCGGUGAACUGUUCGGCGUACACCUCCAACCCCGACGUCUUGCGCCCGGCAUCCCCUUGCCAGCCCUCCACAUCCUCGCAGCCAUCGCGUACGUGUGAAUGCCUAACCCAGACAUUGUGUUGCCAUGGGUGUGGUACCAGCGUCGGCUACAUGAUCGUGAUCCCCUGCACUCGCUGCACCUCUUCGAUCACUGCGACGAACCGUGCAACAAACGGACAUCGCUUCGUCUUCCAUUCCAGCGAAAUCGUUGGCACCGAGCGGCAUUAUAUAGAGGACGAGCCAGGCGUGAUCCCCUAUGACCCCUAUAUCCCCUUUGUGACCUCGCAACCUCCAUCUACUUCAACGCCUAUCCGCCCAGGCCAUUUGCCCCCUGUGUCGCCCGAGCGUAGCGAGCCUUCUAUCGCCUACCCCUCACCACCACCUUCUGCUCACGAAUCAUCCCCAUCUCCAUUCCGCUUCCAUUCCCCCCACGCAUCUGCCACACUGGAGAACCCACACGCAUCAGUUCCUUCUCAGUUCGCCUACGCAGUACCUCCACCACCGUUCGUGAUGCCGUACAAUCACCCCGGACAUGUGUCUACCGAGAGUAAAGAUACCCCAAUGCCUUCGCGCAAACUUAAUGUUGGAGACGUACUCUUCUGGCAUCAUCUGGCACGGCAUGGCGAGAUUCCCGGUGUCAUGGAAGACAAGCGUGCGAGGCGUGCUAGCAGCGCAUGUGACGACCAUCGGGAGGAUGGGGCUAGGGUUUCUGAGCUGGGAGUCAAGCUCUCCUCGCGGGGAAAGAAGAUGAUCUUCUUCGAUCGAUGA